AUGAGCGGCUCCCCCUCCUCCUCCUCCUCCUCCUCCUCCUCCUGGCUCCGCUCGCCGCCGCCUCCUCCCUCAGCGCCGCCGCCGCCGCGGCGAGCUCCUUCCCAAAUCCAGGACACACACAAAGCGGCGGGCCGGCCGCGCCGCGCUCAGCACUCCCGCCGCGCCGCCCGGCUCUGCGCCGCCGCCCGCCCCGCGCCGGCCCCCGCCCGGCCCCCGCCCGCCGCCGCCGGCUCUGCGCGGGGGCUCCGGCUCGCUGAAGGUCACAGCCGAGGCGAGGCGCGCCGUGGAGCUGCCCCCGCGCGGGAGGGGCGUGGAGGGCGCGGGGGGAUCCGGGGAGCGGGGCCGAGGGUCUGCGAGCGCCGGCCGCGGGCAGGCUCGCUGGCGGCGUCCCUCUCGCUCUCCCGCCUCUCUCGAGUUCGCCUGGUGCGCUCGCUCCUCCUCGGGUUUUUUCCCUUUUUUUUUCCGCUCAGCAGAGUUAAUGCUGGUAAACAAGAGCCCCAGCCUCGCCGCGCCGCCGCCGCCGCUGCCACACACUGGGGGCUCGCGCGCGCGCGCGCCCUGGCCCGCGCACACGCGCCCGCUCGCACACUCGAGCGGCCACCGCCGCAGCAGCGGCGCGCCGAGGGCCCGGCCCAGGCCGGCGCGCGCAAAAAACCGGAGCCCGGGUUCCCCAAGACGUGCGGAGCGGAGCCCGGGCGUGGGGCGCGAGACUGCGAGGCGCCGCCCCCAUCUCCCGCCCCGCCGCCUCCCGCGCGCACACAGAGACACGCGCGCGUGCCCACCCGCUCCCGCCCCCACCGCACUGCGCCGGCCACCCCGCAAGCGCCCUCCCCUCCCGCCCGACUCCAAAAACAAUGCCCCCGCCGCCGGUCCGGUCUCGGCGGGGCAGGGGUGGGUAGGCAGAGAAAGGCUAGGCAGGGGAGGGGUAGGCAGGAGAGGGGAGGGGUGGGCGGGGAGUGCGGGGCUGGGAGAGGUUCAUUGAAAACAACAACAGCGCGGCUGGAAAGCGCGUUUCCCCGGUUCUUGAAAAGCUUCAUUGUUUCUUGCAGCUGUUGCAAAAUAAAUAAGUGCGUGCAUGCGGCAUUUUUUUCGCUGCGUACUGGAAAGCCCGAACGUGGCGGAAGGGGCGCACCUGGGAGAAAGGGGACCCCCCCCCACCAGGCUACUACGCCGGGCACUUUCACGCCAGGCUGGGGUGCCCGCGGCGUUGCGACCGUGGAGCCCGGAGUUUGGGGGCUCGCGGGGAGCGGAGGGGGAAGGGCGCGGCCCGUGUGGCUCGGCCCGGAGUGGCUCGAGGAGAGAGGACCCCGCCGCCCCUCGCGGGCCCCGCGCCCCGGAAGGGGGGCCCAGACAGGCAGCCCCGCGAGCCCCGGGCGCGUCCCCGCGGCGGCCGCCAGAGGGCGCGGCGGGCGCUGGGGAGGGCAGCCCGCGGAGAGUCGCCUCCCUCCCUCCGGGGGAGGAAAUGUGGGGGCCCGGGCUGGGGGCCGACUCGGCUGGGUCGCGCUGGCGUGGCCUCCCGGACCCGCCGCCCGCCCUGAGCGCUCUCUGCGGCCUCGCGCGGCUCAGGGCUCCACCACGUGGGCGGCUGCGGGGAGCGGCCGGGGCGCGUGCACGCUGCGGGGCUCCGGAGCUGGGGGGGCGUGUCUGGGUCCCGGGGCCCCGAGGAGGGGGUGGAGGCUGGGGCCGGGAAGCCUCCCUUGGCUGCGGUCCCGACCCGGGAACACGCCGCAUGCACUCGGGAUCAGCGGCUACUGCGGAAACCCACCCGCACCUGUCUCGGGUCCUCCCAGGCACGUUCCUCUUGCUUCGUUUGCUACGUAAGUGACUGGAAACCAGUACCGAUCCUAAGUCUCCGCGGUGGUUUUCUUGAAUGUGCAGGAGGAGAGGUUUCCCCAAAGCGAGACUUCCUUAGGACUGCCAUCUAAUGAAUAAAUGCUGCGGAGACCAGGUCCUCAAAGAGGGAAACAGCCCAGCAGUGGCAGGAGAGAGGAAUUUGAAAUACGUGGACUUUUACAAACAGUGAUUGGACCAUGUGUCGCCCUUAAUGUGGUCCGGUUUCAUGACUCAGGCUAAUUGAUGCCAGUAAUAAAUUUUUUUAAGAUAGCUAAUAAAAGAGUUGUGAAUUGUCGAGAUAAGAAGUGGUUGUCUCAAACAAUCGGGUAGGAUGGUAAGAAGGGACCUGAUGUAAAGGAAGGUAGUAGGUUUCUUUUAUUACUCUCUAAUUCUAAAAUACUUCUGCGUUAGAACGUGUAUCCAUCGUUCGUAAAUAAUUUUUUAAAUUAAGAGCUGAAAACAAGUCAAAAGCUAUCAUAACGGAAACUUAGCCCUUUUUUUUCUAAAGUUGUUUCCUAGAUCAUUUUCCUCCUUGGAAAUUUCUAGCUCAAUUCAGAGUCAGUUGUAUAGAAAGAAAAUAAACCUUGUUUUACCUAAGAAAGUUAUUCAUAUGAUGGGAUGGUUUUGUUUAACUGAAAUUCAGCUUGAUUUUUAAAUAAAGAGUUUCAGUUUUGGAUGUUCCUAGAUUUAACAGUGAAAGAAAUUUAUUAGAAUCUUAAACUUAAAAUGUAUUAUUUAAAAAUUAGGCACUACACAUGAAGAAUUAAAGUCCAGUCUACUAAUUUUUAAAUAUUUCUUAAGUUCUCUGCAUGAGGUUGGUCUUGAUUCCUGCAGAUCCACUCUGGAGUUAAAUGCAAAGGAAUAUUGAUAUAUAAUUUCAUUAUACUUGAUUUCAGAAUUUUUAAUACAUACUUGUAAGACAAAAAUUUAGAGCUGAUUUUUAAAAGGCUAGUGCUAAUAUAAAAUCUUCAAAUACUACCCAAUGUAUUUUUAGUAUUAGUAAUAAAUAUGCCUGUUUAUUUGUCCCCAAGAACAUAAAGAGAUCUAUAGAAUUUUUAAAUGUAUACAGGUUGUUGUAGGGGUUGUAGGAUUUAUUUGUUUUUAUGUGUUUUUUUUACUAAAAUGAUUUUUAUUUGUCAAUUUUUUAAAUGUUUGUGUUUUCCUGAAGUAGUAGGAAAUCAAUCGUAUUAAGUUAUUUUAAACAGUGAAGUGGGAGAUGUAUCAUUAUAUAGCUUAAUAUUUAGGGGAAAGAAAGGAACAAAAAUUUAGGUUGUCUUUACGCUCUAACUUGACCACAUGGACAAAGGAGGUGAUUUGUAUUUCUUCAAUGAUUAUAUUUUACAUACACAAGUCAAACUUAUUUUUUCAACCUUGAAAUAAAAUCAUGUAGACAAAAA